AUCCUAUUCGAAAUGGCUUAACAGAGCAACAGCAUCAACCAAUCAAAAGAUAUUCACGGUCAGCAUAUGGCUCAUAGUUUGUGAUCAUUGAUGUAUACUCCGGCAACAAUAGAUGCUCUUCUUAGUUUCAGUUCAUUCUGAGUUCGAAUCACGCCGUACAUAGCAGUCUCUCAGGGAGUCUGCUAUUUUUUUUUCUAUAGUUCUUUUUUUCCACUACAGGAGUGGCAGGGACGAAUACCGCUAUCAUGAAUGCAAUCGACGAGAAAAUGGCUCUUGAGGUGGACUUGAAUGCACCGAUGCCACAGGUCACCAAGCUCCAGCAUAAAAAGAAAUCAAAUGAACUGAACGAAGAUGACUUUAGUGACGAAGAAGAAAGAGGCAAUUGGGGCGGGAAGCUUGACUUCAUGCUUUCGACAAUUGGGUUCGCCGUCGGUCUAGGAAACGUUUGGCGUUUCCCAUAUCUAUGUUACGAUAAUGGGGGAGGUGCCUUUUUAAUACCUUACUGCAUGAUGUUGUUCUGUGCCGGACUUCCACUCUUUUUCCUUGAACUCGGCUUCGGCCAGUUUGCUGGACUUGGCUGUAUCAGUAUCUGGAAAAUUAGCCCAAUUUUUAAAGGACUCGGUUGGGGUAUGGUGGUGAUCACUGCGAUGGUGUGCUGCUACUACAACAUCGUAAUAUCCUACACAAUUUUCUUUUUGUUCGCCUCAUUUACGUCGGAGUUACCCUGGAAGUCAUGCGACCAUGAAUGGAAUACUGACAAAUGUCUGGUUGUUAAUAGUUCUGCCGUUUAUAACAGCAGCAGAGAAUGGCCAAGUCAAGAAUAUUGGGAUAAUCACGUUCUACAGCGGUCAUCAGGAAUGGAAGAGAUGGGUAAAAUUCGAUGGCAACUUGCACUCUGUUUACUUCUGGCCUGGGUAGUCGUCUUUGGAUGCAUCGCUAAGGGAGUCAAGUCUUCAGGAAAAGUUGUAUACUUCACUGCUACAUUCCCAUACGUUGUACUAUUUAUUCUACUGAUCCGCGGAUUGACACUUCCAGGAGCAUUAGAUGGGAUUAAAUUCUACGUAUCUCCCAAGUUUCAUCUACUUAAGAACCCCAAGGUAUGGAAGGAUGCGGCAGUACAAAUCUUUUACUCCCUGGGACCAGCCUGGGGUGGACUUCAUACAUUGGCAAGUUACAAUAAGUUCCGGAACAACUGUCACAGAGAUGCAAUUAUCGUAGCAUUAACUAAUUGUGGUACAAGUGUCUUCGCUGGAUUUGUGAUAUUCUCCAUCAUUGGAUUCAUGGCACACGAUGCUGGUGUACCUGUUGGAGAAGUUGUUAAAUCCGGCCCAGGUUUAGCUUUUGUAGUUUAUCCUGAGGCAGUCUCUAGGAUGCCCGGUGCUCCCUUCUGGUCGAUCGUUUUCUUUUUCAUGCUUUUCACUCUAGGAUUGGACAGUCAGUUUGUAAUGAUGGAAACAAUUAUAACAGCCAUUUGCGAUGAACUUAAGAAUUAUUUUAAGAAUAUUUACCAACAUAAGCUGAAGAUCACCCUGGCAUUUUGUGUUGUUGGAUUUUUACUUGGUCUUCCGCAUGUCACUGAGGGUGGAAUUUACUUAUUAACGUUGAUGGAUACAUAUUCGGCUGGAUUUUCAUUACUAUUAAUAGCUUUACUUGAGAUUGUGUGUGUUAUAUAUAUCUACGACUACCGACAGUUUGUAAAGAAUAUGACGUAUAUGCUAGGUUUCGCUCCAAAUAUAUAUUGGUUGAUCACUUGGAUUGUCGUUGGACCAUCAAUUAUCAUUUUCAUCUUUAUAUUUUUCUGCCUCGGAUAUGAGCCUCUUACAUACGACGGGUAUGUUUACUCGAAAGGUGCCGAAGCUCUAGGAUGGUUAAUGGUACUAGCGGCAAUAAUCCCAAUUGUAGUUUUCGCUGUCUAUGAAGUUUGGAAGCAGGAAGGAACUUUGUUACAGAGAAUAUACAAGAGCUCAAGACCAACUGAAGAAUGGGGUCCAUAUCACAACAAACAUCGCCUACAAUGUUGCUACAAACUACUGGAAGGCCGAGGAGACCCGGGGAAUAUCGGGCAAAGUUACACGCCUGAGGUACAUGCGUAUUCUAUAGUUGCAAAUGGAAAACAUUUUUCUCAGAAACUCCCAUGUACUAUCGAUUUCCAAUUUGAAAGCAAUGUCUAGAACAAUUGAUACUUUUUGUAUUUUAUAUAUUUCUUACAUUUUGUAAUAAAUUUAACAUUUUAUAGAUAAAAUCAUAGAGAAUAGUUAUUGCACGUGUUGUCAGGUUUGUGUGUUUUACCCAGAAUAAAUGGCUUUCAACGUGAAUAUAAAAUACAUUCACAACCUAUGCCUCAUUAUGAUGAAAAUGUAUGUAUUACUAAGGAAGCUAGCUAUAUACUCAUCCAUCGACAAGUGGAAUAGAUUUGGAAGGCCUAAAUAUCGUGUUUUUUUUCUACUAAAAUCAAUACAAUAAAGUAUUAAGUGAUAACACGCUAUCAUAUAUUUUAGUUGUGGGUCAUUACCCACAAAUAUUUAAAAAAUGAACGUGAUUCAGUACUUAAUUAAAUUUCAUAAAUACAUGAUUUCGUUUUGUUGUAUUCCUGGAACCCUUUCACCGUUUAUGCUUUCGUUGUACUGUAUUGUCGUAUUCAAUUGUAAAGUUUUUCCCUAUGUCAAAAAUUUAUUAUUAUUAUUAUUUGGAAUACCAUAGGAUUUUUUUGUAUAUAUAGUUGCUAUAGGUAUAGGUAGACUUACCACCUUAAUUUAGUUAAUAGUACCUCAAAAUUCAAAUGAUAUUUAACGGGAAUGCACUAGUGUGAUUUCAUUUAACUAUUUCGAAUUCUUCAUACCACCAUGUUGUAUAAAAUAUGGUUAAGCAUUUAAUACCGUCAAUAUCUGCAGAGCUAUGCUCAAGCCUUUUCUUAUUAAACGUAACAGACAUUCUA